UGCGCCCAUUGUGACUUUUGAUUUCUUGUGUCACAAACUUCCGCCCUUGUCCUGCAUAAUUGGAACCCUCGGUGCAGAGCUGAGGAGCAGGAAACCUUGUUGCGGCAGCCAUUAGAGCCGGAUCGGCACGGGUCCCGCCGCCGGAGCCUCUCCCAAAGCAGGGUGUGUUACUUUCCCCUGCCGAAUCCCGGAGCACCAACCCCUGCCACCGUGACGUGAGCCGGACUCCGGACGUCAACAGCCGCCAGAAAAGCAGCCGGGUUGCAGUAGUGGCGCUCUGGAGGCCGACACAUGAAUGCCUCGGACACCCAGCUUCUCCCGAAAGUAUAACUAUAUAAAAAGAGACGUAUGCAAAAGCGAUCUGGGGUAGGAAUGUCGUUUGCGGACCAAACCCAAUUCACCCCGCUGGUGGUAUGUGAGUUGGCGGAAGACACCAAAGAAGAGGCUGUGGAGUGGUUAUUAAGCAGAAUAAAGGAAAAGCAACGUAAUGGAGGAGCCGAGUUCCAGGUUAGUCAGCUCCUACCAGCGCUGUCCCAGGAUGAUAAAAAGGAGAACCCCAACAUUUUCCUGGUGGGGGCCUCCUGGCAGAGGCUCCUGAUUGGCGCAGAGGACCUGGGUCUGAUCAAAGAGUUCAGUGAUGGUUCCAUGCGAACCUUCACUUACGCUAACCGGGAGGAUUUCAAGGACUUCCAGGGGGACGGCGAUGGCUUCCUCAGCAUGGCGGAGUGCCAGCUCAUCAUCAAGCACGAGUUGGACAGCCUGCGGGCCAAGCAGGAAACGUACGUGCCCGGCUACCCCAAGAUCAAGCUGUACCCGGGAAAGUCAAUCGUGCGUCGGAUGCACUCCAAAGGGAUUCUGCUGCAGAUCUUCCCUCUCCACGAUAAAGAGGAGUUGAAGAGGUUGUCCUCCACGUGGUACCAGCAGAUCAGAUUGGCUUUCCAGCCUCUCGAUGACAUUCGGCACUACUUCGGGGAGAGCCUGGCCCUGUAUUUCGGCUUUCUGGAGUACUUCACCUUAGCUAUGCUCCCCAUGGCCAUCAUUGGGAUUCCCUACUACUUCUUUGACUGGGAGAACUACGACAACUAUGUAGUCUUCGCCAUCUGCAACCUGGUCUGGACCACGGUGAUGCUGGAGAUGUGGAAGCGAUUCGGGGCCUGCCUGGCGUAUAGCUGGGGCACGCUGUCCAGGAAGAAGGCCUUUGAGGAGCCGCGACCCGGCUUCCACGGUGUCCUGGGCCACAACCCCGUCACGGGCCGCGAGGAACCUGUCUACCCCAACGCCAAGCGCCAUCUGCGCAUCUACCUGGUGUCGUUGCCGUUCGUGCUGCUGUGCCUCUACGUGUCCCUGUGCGUCAUGAUGGUCUACUUCGACGCUGAGGCCUGGGUGCUGGGGCUACAUGAGGUGGAGCCCACGUUCUGGACAGGCCUGCUCCUCUUCCUGCCCAGUAUUGUCUAUGCCGUGGUCAUCGAGAUCAUGAACCGACUCUACCGCUAUGCUGCCGAAUUCCUAACCGACUGGGAAAACCAUCGUCUAGAGUCAACGUAUCAGAACCAUUUAACUCUUAAAGUUUUGGUGUUCAACUUCCUGAACUGUUUUGCCUCCUUGUUCUACAUCGCGUUCGUCAUGCAGGACAUGCCUCUGCUCCGACAGAGUCUCGCCACGCUGCUGAUAACGUCCCAGAUCCUGAACCAGUUUCUGGAGGCCUUCCUUCCAUUCUGGCUGCAGAAACGCCGUAACAAGCGGGUCCAGAGAAAUGAGGGCCAGACCGCCCUGGGCUGCAAGCUCCCCUUCGAGAAGCAGGUCAUGCUGGAGGCGGACAUGAGCACCUACCUGGGUACAUUUGAUGACUACCUGGAGCUCUUCCUACUGUUUGGUUAUGUCAGUCUCUUCUCCUGUGUCUAUCCCAUCGCCGCCCUGCUGGUGGUGCUCAACAACGUCACGGAGAUCUACUCGGAUGCCCUCAAGAUAUGCCAAGUGUUUAAGAGGCCCUUCUCUGAGCCCGCAGCCAACAUCGGCGUGUGGCAGCUGGCCUUUGAGUCGAUGAGCGUCAUCGCCGUGGUAACCAACUGUGCGCUGAUCGGCAUGUCGCCGCAAGUGAAGUCAUACUUCCCUGAGUCAGAGAGCCAGCUCAUCCUGCUGGUGGUGGCGGUGGAGCACGUAUUCCUGGUGUUGAAGUUCAUCCUGGCGUUUGUCAUCCCUGAUAUUCCCAAGCACAUCCAAAUCAAACUGGCUCGUGUGGAGUUCGAGUCCAUGGAGGCCCUGAAGAAAAAGAAAAUGCUGGAAGCCCCAGCGACCCCAAUCAAAAGCCAGUGACGACGCAAACCCGGCGACAAGGAGGGCGCGGGUGGCUGUGGCGCCCUCCGAAGGCAGCCAGCGGCGUUUACAAGCUGACUCCCCACGCUGGGAUACCGACGAACCCAGAGCCGUUAAACUGUACACUUUGUCUUUCUUUUUGAAGCAGUCACUGCUAACGAAAGGAUCGAUGUCAGUUCUGCUGAACAGGAUGUCCUGGGGAGCUUGGUUGGAUUAUUAUGGUCUGUUUCUGUUGAGCUGUGACUGACACGCUUUAAACGAAGCCCCUUGCUUCACUACAGAUUGCCAAUAUUGCAUGACCCUCCCUCUCUCGUUAGUUAUUUGCCUGCAUCGCUGUUAAUUGCGUGAUGCAAACAGGCUAAGUCCCAUCUUGCUACAUUGGGACCUUUACUGCUACGCUCACGGACACCACCGCAGUGCCUCUGUUGCGGAUCAUUGCGGUUAUGAGUGUAGGUCACUGACUGUUACGCCCCCUGCUGCACACAUCCUGCGUUGUCACGCUCCAGUUCCCGUCAGAAGGUUGCUGCUCAUACUGUCCUGAGGGAUCUUGGCACUUUGCUCAGGAAUUGCAGGCCAGGAGUCGGGCCAAAUAUCCAGGGACACCAGAGAGACUCUGGGACUUUUGGGACCCCAUGUGGCAUGUAGUCCCCAUUUCUUAAUGUCCUGCUGCAGGAUCAGUACCCCAAGAUGCGCAUGUGAACAGUCUACAACAAGUCCUGCCUUGGUCAGAAUUUUGUGUGCAAACAGAUAACGGUGAAUGUUCUUUCUGGGUUGUAAAAAUGCUUAGCGGUCAUGUCUACCAACAGGUCACAUAACUGGCAGGUUGACGGCAAUGGUGCAUUUGAUGGUUUCAUUUGUGGCUAUCUUUAAAGUAACCAGUAAUUAGAUGGAGGCAGGGUGCUGAUUUGAUUACCCCUUGCUGGUAGAAAAAUCGAUUUCCGUGCAGCUCCCGGGAAUAGAACAAACUCGACUGACACACCAAAACCCUUUGUGCAGCUGGAUCUGAAAAUGCUGAACUCAGACCCACAGCAAACAGGUGAUAUGCUGCAGUGUUAAUCGGGAAGAAGGUAAACCGUGGAUCCACACUGCUGCUGGCGUUGGAUGUAAGAGGCCUUUACAUUCUGCUCAAUAAAAUGUUAAACUGCAUCAAA